GCGCGUGGCGGCGGCUGCGGCGGGCUCUGUGUGCGCGUGCGGCGGGAUGGCGCGGCUGCUGCUGCUGCUCCUGCUCCUGCUGCUGCCGCCCGGGAGCGGUGAGAGCGGGCGGGCGGGGCCCAGCCGCGCCUCGCUCCCCUCCUCCCCAUUGGCUCCCGCCGCGCGCUCCCCGCGCACGCCCUCGGCUCUCAUUGGCUGGCGCCGCCGGCGCCUCAGGUGCGCGCCGCGGGCGGGCUGCGGGGGCCUCGCCUCAGGGGAGGACGGGGCCGGGCGGGCUCUGGCGGCGCCCCUCGGCCCCGGCCCCGGCCCCGCGGGCUGCCCCCCCGGGCUGUUCCGCUGCGAGGAGCCGCGCGGCGAGUGCUUCCCCCGCGAGUGGAUCUGCGACGGCCACCCCGACUGCCUGGACGAGCGCGACGAGCGGGGCUGCGAGGCCAGCGGGAGCCCGGCGGGGCCGGGCGCCGGCAGCACAGAGGCUUCAGCUACCCCUGUGCCUGGACGCACUCUGCCAUCGAGGAGUCAAGGCUGCACGUGGGUGUUGAUUAUUGCAGUGCUCCUGAGCUGCCUGGUAGCUGUGGGUGGUAUCGUUGCAUGGGCCCAGUCCAAAGCAAAAAGCAGGUCUGACAUCUUCAGUCUUGAAGAAGCAUCAACUGAAGAACAGUUGAUAUCUGACAAGAGCCAGGCAGGCUUAUUUUCCUGAAAGGGAUCUCUUGCUGCGAAGCGAUAAGGUGGGACUAAGUUCAUUUCCCUCUCACUCAUCACAGAAGCUGACUGAAUUUGCACAUUAAGCUCUCCUAUCUGGUUUGUUAUUACACAAGAACGCUCUCCUUGGAAAUGGGUCUGAGGUUGUGCAACUACUUUUGCACUGGAAAUCGAACAGGACCUUCCCUGGUGCUGUGAAAUCACCCCUCAUAAAGGUGACAAAUUCCCUCAUUGUUCUUGCCCGCAAGGAUUGUUAACACGGCUUCUCAUCAGCGUGGCCUUGGACCCAAAGACUUUAUUCUCCGUGAAACUAGAGGUGCAGUGCCAGGUGCUCCUGUUUUCUUCCCCUUCCAAACAAGAGCCUUUUGUUGCCUGCCCCGUUCUUCUGCCUGGAUUUUGUCAGGUGUCGGGGAGUGGAAGCUUUCUCACCCCUUUCGGUAGGAGCUCACUGAAUCCGCACAGAUCAGACAUACUGUGUUCACACUGGUGUUUCGAUGCUGCUCCAUCCAAUGCGCUGUCUGACAGGCCAGCCACAGGGAUGAAAGCUGAAAAUCUUCCUGUCCACCUGAGCUCUGCGUGCUGCGCUGUCACCCCCAGACAGCACGGGGCAGGCAGCACCUCAGCACACUCCUUGCCAGCAAGGAUCUCGCCCCCUGCAGAGCAGCACCUUCACCCCAGUGCUGGAUUCCGGAUGUUGUUUCCCUAAUGUUGGAGGUGUCAUCCGUAGGCCUCUUUUGCUGGAGGUUCUGAGUGUCUGGUAUCUUGUUUUCAGCUUGAAAUAACUGGUGUCUUGGGUCAAAUGCUGUUGCCUCUGCUUUGUGGCAUGCGCAACUGUUUGUGGCUGGCUCAGUGUUGUGCACUUUUGAGAAGAACUGACAGCAUCAGAGGAGAUUACCGAGCAGUGCCUCUAAUUCAGCACUGACCUCUCUUCCAUGUAUUCCUUGCCCAAGUGUUUAAUGUGUGUAAAAGACAAAAAGCUGCUGCCUUGUCUGUUGCAUUCUGUGCCUUGAGGUGAGAACCUGGCUUGCCAUGCAAACUCUUGCCAUCAGCCUCAGAGCAGGAGUCUCUUGCUCUUGGAUAGCGUGCAGCUGUAACUCAUGUGAGAAACUUCUAUGAGAGGUAUUGGAGUACUGGGCUAUGCCAGAAUGGUUAUUUUUAGUACCAAGAGGUCAUUUGCAAGGGUACACACAACCUUGUCUCUGUUUCCAUAGGGACAAUUGGAGAUAGCUGUUGGUGAAUGACACAGGAAAAUAAAGAACUUGAAAC